GAAAGCCCUCUUCUCAUGAUCCGCCAUUAGCAGGAGAACUGUGGUGGAUUGAACGCCAAGAUGCAGAUUUUCGUCAAAACCCUCACGGGGAAGACUAUAACCCUCGAGGUUGAGCCUUCAGAUACCAUUGAAAAUGUCAAGGCUAAGAUUCAAGACAAAGAAGGUAUCCCUCCUGAUCAGCAGAGGUUGAUCUUCGCUGGUAAGCAGCUGGAGGAUGGACGCACACUGUCUGACUACAACAUUCAGAAGGAGUCCACUCUGCACUUGGUGCUGAGACUGCGUGGGGGUGCCAAGAAGAGGAAGAAGAAGUCCUACACCACUCCCAAGAAGAACAAGCACAAGAGGAAGAAGGUCAAGCUCGCAGUUCUCAAGUACUACAAGGUUGACGAAAACGGAAAGAUCCACCGUCUGCGUCGUGAGUGCCCAGCUGAUGAGUGUGGAGCUGGCGUGUUUAUGGCCAGCCACUUCGAUAGGCACUACUGUGGAAAGUGCUGCCUCACCUACUGCUUCAACAAACCCGAGGACAAGUAAACUAAUGAACUGGAGUAAAUAAAAUGUUUUCACCACCAA